AUGGCGUCUGUUACACUUGUCAAGCCUAAAGUUUGUGCCGGCACUGAGAACAAAUUGAGCUCUUUGUCUGACCUUGAGCAACAAUAUCGUACACUACGAAAAUACUAUGAGAACUGUGAGGUGGUAAUGGGCAAUCUAGAAAUCACUAGCAUUGAACAUAACCGAGAUCUCUCCUUUUUACGGUCUAUCAGAGAAGUCACAGGCUAUGUCUUGGUAGCUCUGAAUCAAUUUGAAUAUCUUCCUCUGGAGAAUCUGCGGAUCAUUCGUGGAACAAAACUGUAUGAGGAUCGUUCUGCAUUGGCCAUCUUCCUCAAUUACAAAAAAGAUGGGAGCUUUGGACUCAGGCGGCUUGGGCUGAAGAACUUGACUGAAAUCUUAAAUGGAGGAGUAUAUGUUGGCCAGAACAGAUUUCUUUGCUACGCAGAUACUAUUCAGUGGGAAGACAUUGUUCGUAACCCUUUGGCUUCCAAUUUCUCCGUGGUUCCAAAGAAUAGUAGUACAGACUGUGGACAGUGUCACAAGUCCUGUGGAAACCGAUGCUGGGGACCUUUAGCAGAUCAGUGCCAGAGUUUAACGAAGGUGGUGUGUGCGGAGCAGUGCGAUGGCCGAUGCUACGGGCGUUCUGUCAGCGAAUGCUGUCAUCGAGAAUGUGCAGGAGGCUGUUCCGGACCCAAAGACACAGACUGCUUUGCUUGUAUGAAUUUUAAUGACAGUGGGGCCUGUGUCACCCAAUGCCCACAGACUUCAGUCUACAAUCCUGCCACAUUCCAGAUGGAAACCAACCGAGAUGGCAAAUAUACUUAUGGUGCUUUUUGUGUCAAAAAGUGCCCACACAACUUUGUGGUUGAUAUCAGCUCAUGUGUACGCGCCUGUCCGAGUCCCAAGAUGGAAGUAGAGGAAAAUGGUAUUAAGACAUGCAAACCAUGCACUGACAUUUGUCCUAAAGCAUGUGAUGGCAUAGGCACAGGAAGUCUGAUGUAUGCUCAAACUGUAGACUCCAGUAACAUUGAUAAAUUUAUCAACUGCACCAAGAUCAAUGGGAACUUGAUCUUCCUUGUCACUGGAAUUCGUGGGGACCCAUAUCACACAAUUGAAGCGAUUGACCCGCAGAAUUUACAUGUCUUCCAAACAGUGAGAGAGAUAACAGGGUUCCUGAAUAUACAAUCCUGGCCUGAAAAUAUGACAGAUUUUAGUGUGUUUUCAAAUCUGGUAACUAUUGGUGGAAGAGCACUAUACAGUGGUCUUUCUUUGCUUAUUCUCAAGCAGCAAGGAAUUAGAUCUCUCCAGUUCCAGUCCCUGAAGCACAUCAGUGCUGGGAAUGUCUACAUAACUGACAACAGUAACUUAUGCUACUAUCAUACAAUCAACUGGACCAGUCUCUUCAGCUCUCCCAACCAGAAGACUGUCAUCCACAGAAAUAAGAGGGCUGAGAACUGCACUGCAGAAGAGAUGAUAUGCAGCCAUUUAUGCUCAAAAAAUGGAUGUUGGGGGCCAGGGCCAGAUCAGUGUUUAUCAUGUAAACACUUCAUCAGAGGAAAAACCUGUGUAAAGUCUUGUCACCUUUAUGAAGGGGAAUACAGAGAGUUUGCAAAUGGUUCAGUUUGUGUGGAAUGUGAUCCUCAAUGUGACAAGAUGGAUGGAAACAGAGUUACGUGUAGGGGGCCUGGACCAGACCAUUGUACCAAAUGCUUCCAUUUUAAAGAUGGCCCCAACUGUGUUGAAAAAUGCCCUGAUGGUGUACAAGGGACAAACAGCUUCAUAUUCAAAUAUGCUGAUGAGGAUCGUGAAUGUCAUUCUUGUCACCCAAACUGUACCCAAGGGUGUAAAGGCCCCACUAGUCAUGACUGCAUUUACUAUCCGUGGACACGCCAGUCCACAUUACUACAGCACGCUAGAACCCCCCUGAUUGCUGCCGGGGUGAUUGGAGGACUCUUCAUCAUCGUCAUUUUGGGCCUUACAUUUGCAGUUUAUGUGAGACGUAAGAGCAUUAAAAAAAAGAGGGCUUUACGAAGGUUCCUAGAGACUGAGCUGGUAGAACCUUUGACUCCUAGUGGCACAGCACCCAAUCAGGCACAACUUCGCAUUUUGAAGGAAACUGAGCUAAAGCGUGUCAAGGUCCUUGGAUCGGGGGCCUUUGGAACUGUGUAUAAGGGCGUUUGGGUUCCUGAGGGAGAGAGUGUGAAGAUUCCUGUAGCAAUUAAAAUACUGAAUGAGACAACUGGUCCAAAGGCUAAUGUGGAGUUCAUGGAUGAAGCACUUAUAAUGGCAAGUAUGGACCAUCCACAUCUGGUUCGAUUACUAGGAGUCUGUCUGAGCCCCACCAUCCAGCUAGUUACUCAGCUGAUGCCCCAUGGUUGCUUACUAGACUACGUGCAUGAACAUAAGGAUAACAUUGGUUCCCAGGUUUUGCUUAACUGGUGUGUUCAGAUAGCCAAGGGAAUGAUGUACCUGGAAGAGAGGAGACUGGUUCACCGAGAUUUGGCAGCACGGAAUGUCCUGGUGAAAUCUCCAAAUCAUGUGAAGAUCACAGACUUUGGCCUGGCUAGGCUACUGGAAGGUGAUGAGAAGGAGUAUAGCGCUGAUGGUGGAAAGAUGCCAAUAAAAUGGAUGGCUCUUGAGUGUAUACAUUACAGGAGAUUCACACAUCAGACCGACGUUUGGAGCUAUGGUGUCACUAUUUGGGAACUUAUGACCUUUGGUGGAAAACCUUAUGAUGGGAUCCCAACAAGAGAAAUUCCUGACUUGUUAGAGAAAGGAGAGCGGUUGCCACAGCCUCCUAUCUGCACCAUUGAUGUUUACAUGGUAAUGGUGAAAUGUUGGAUGAUUGAUGCUGAUAGUCGGCCCAAGUUCAAGGAGCUGGCUGCUGAAUUUUCUAGAAUGGCUCGAGAUCCUCAGAGAUAUUUGGUCAUUCAGGGUGAUGAUCGCAUGAAGCUCCCAAGCCCAAAUGACAGCAAAUUUUUCCAGAAUCUGCUGGAUGAGGGAGACCUGGAAGAUAUGAUGGAUGCUGAAGAAUAUCUUGUCCCUCAGGCAUUUAAUAUUCCUCCACCCAUCUAUACAUCAAGGACAAGAAUUGACUCCAAUAGGAGUGAAAUUGGACACAGCCCUCCUCCUGCCUACACCCCUAUGUCAGGAAAUCAGUUUAUCUACAGAGAUGGAAGUUUGUCUACAGAACAAGGAGUUCCCUUGCCAUACCGAACUGCCAUACCAGGCCUAGCUCCAGAAGCUCCCAUCAGGCAAGGAGCUGCUGAGAUCUGUGAUGACACUUGCUGCAAUGGCACUUUGCGGAAACAAGUGGCAAGUCUUUCACAAGAUGACAGUAUCACUCAGAGGUACAGCGCUGACCCAACUGUUUUUAUCCCAGAGCGAGGGCCAAGAACUGAGCUGGAUGAAGAGGGGUACAUGACUCCAAUGCCAGAAAAGGGCAAAACAGAUCACCUGAAUCCAGUGGAGGAGAACCCAUUUGUUUCUCGGUGGAAGAAUGGCGACCUUCAAGCACUGGACAACCCAGAUUAUCACCACAGCCAAACUGGGCAGCCCAAAGCCGAGGAUGAAUAUGUGAAUGAGCCCUUGUACCUCAACACCUUUGCAAGCACCCUUGAGAAUGCAGAGUACCUGAAGAAAAAUGGGCUUCCAUUGCCAGAAAAGCCCAAGAAGGCCUUUGAUAAUCCAGGUUACUGGAAUCACAGCCUGCCUCCACGAAGUACCCUACAGCAUCCGGACUACCUGCAGGAAUACAGCACAAAAUAUUUUUACAAACAAAAUGGAAGGAUCCGGCCCAUUGUGGCUGAGAAUCCUGAAUACCUCUCAGAGUUCUCCCUGAAGCCUGGCAUGAUGCUGCCCCCCCCGCCCUACAGACACCGAAACACCGUAGUGUAAUCCCAGGGAGACGUGGGGAAUCCAUACCAGCACUCUCCUUCUUCUUCCCCUCUUUUCUCCUCCCCACUUUUCUUACUUUCUCUUGCCCAAUCUUCCCUCUGUUCAAUGUCUGCAAAGAGAAGGGACUCAUUUCAGUCAGUGGUUCCAGGAAUUUAGGAAGAAGCAAAAGGAAAACAGUUUGGCUUUUCUCCCUUUCCAAGCCCCCCAAGGAAGAAAAGGUCAGACCAACCAAGAUCCCGUGGCAUGGUUGCCUGCUGCCAGGCGGGUGUUCUGUAUAGGGGUCCAGCUCUAGGGCUGCAGAGAGAGUUGCCCCAUGGCAGUUUCUGUCAGCAGGAAGCACCAGAGCCGCCGAAGCAUCCCUGCAGAAGCAGGGCGAUUUCAAGAAGGAGGGUAGAAAAAGACAAUUUUUAUACCAUAAGCGAUGACCUAAUGACUGAGAUUGAGAGGCCAAUUUCUUUAACCUUUUUUUAUUCGACCCCCUAAUCAAAAUGGCUAAUCCAGCUUGCUUCUGGCCAGCUCCUCUCUCUACUUCCGCAGUUGUGAGCUCUUUUCCAAGGCAG